AUGGCUCGCAAGAGCAUUGAACCGAACACGGUUCUAGUAAACCGUUUGAUUCUUCUUUUUGUGUUUUUGGUUUCUUGCGGUUUGGCCUAUCUUUUCUUCUCUGCUGUAACCAGAAGCGGUUCUUCUGUGUCGGAGUUUAGAACUGGGUCAACGUCGUCUUUUGCGGUAGUUGGUGAAAAAGGUGGAGGGUGUUGUAGAGGGAUUGAAGAUUUGGAGCUUUGGGGUUCAGCUGUGAAAUGGGGUUCUGAUUUCAAAUUCAAUACUUCUAAAGAAUGUUGCAAUGCUUGUAAAGCUAUGUGUACUGGGAAAGAUGGACCUUGUUUAUGCGAUUCUUGGGUGUUUUGUGGAAAUCGUGAGACUUGUGGCUCCAAAUUCGGUGAGUGUUGGUUGAAGAAACAAAAGGACAGCUUAGCCCCUGAACGGCAAGAAGAAGAUCAUUCUGUAGAGAAAAUUACUUGGACUUCUGGUCUCAUUUUUGGAAAAGGGGAGGGUAUUAUUGGGUUCGAAACUGGAUACGGAACUAUUCAUAUCAAACUUUUCCCCGACUGUGCUCCACACACGGUUGCCUAUAUUCUAGAAUUGUUGCCUUUGCACCAUUGUGCUGGCUGUGAAUUAUACCGUGCAGAGAGCCGAGGUCAAUCAUGGGAUUCAGAAGGAAACCAUAUAAAAAAUGCUGGUUUCGGUCCCCCGUAUGCAUUAAUUCAAGGGACAUUAGAAGCAAAAGGCACACCAUUCCAUAAACUUCCUUUAGAAGAUUGUCCACUCUUAAAAAGAGGCUCAGUUGCUUUGAUUGGUUCUGGUCCAGAAUUCUUUAUUAGCUUAGCUGAUCAUUCAGAAUGGAAACAAGAAUACACUGUUUUCGGCUCUGUUCUUCCAGAAGACAUGAAUGUUGCUGAGAAAAUCGCUGCACUCCCCACCGUAUCUGAUGCUUGGAACAACGUUAACGUAACAGUUUUAAAAAAGCCUGUUCCUUUCUUGCUCAAAAGAAUCAAUAAAAGCAGCCAAGAUUGA